CCCCGGGUCCGUCCACAAGCGAAAACAACCAGUUUUAUUUUUGGAUGUUUUAUACUUUGUCUAUUUCGUAGCCGUUGUGUUUGUUCCACUUUCGCUCAUUCGUUUGUAGUGCGUAUUAAAAGCUGGUAACUGCAAAAUUUUGAGGUAGAGGUGCAAAUAAGAUCGAACUUCCCGUAGUUGACCAGCUUUCCGUCAGUUUACGCAGUUAUCAAAACUCAUCAUCGAUUAUCUAACCCUUGCGGAAGAGCGGGAGAGAAUCUCAGUGUGCCCCGUCAGCUGUUGUCAGGCCGCUCCGCGUCUCUUUGUACAUUUUCAACUUUCUCUCAGUAAGAACUUUUAAGCUGGCGGGUGCGGGCGACAAAGGCACUUUCAACUACACAACAAUGCUCAAGUUUCUGCUGACGUUUGGCGCCGGGGUCUACACGGGCAUCUACGUCUCGCAGAACUAUGAGGUCCCACGCGUAGACGACCCGCAAAAGUUGAUGGAGCGAAUGAACGAGAAAGUGAAGGAGCUGAUGGACAAAACCAAGCAAAAAUCGCUCCCCGAACAACUAGCAGACGACAUUAAAAAGGAGGCUAAGAAGAUACUGAAGGACUGACAAGUGCAAUUGUUUAAAUAAAUGUAUCUAUUAUCAAAUAAAAUGGUGUUACACGAGUA